AACAUUCAUGUUCUUCGUCUCUGCCCUAUAAAUACUGCUGUAAAAGCAGACAUUAGACACAAAUCCUUCUGCUUUCUGCAUCGGGUAAAAUCUUUUCACGAGGCAAAAUGAGUGACCCAAAUGCCCAGACACCUCACGAUCAAGGAUCCGCUGGAGGACAAGGCAAACCAGGUGGAGAUGGGCAUGGACAUGGACAUGGACAUGGGCCUGGACACGGACAUAAACAUGGGCCUGGACACGGACAUGAGCAUGGAAAAGGACAUGGCCAUGGACAUGGAGACGGAAAACCCCAUGACCAUGGGCAUGGAAAACCUGCUAAUCCUCCCAAAUAGAUAAUGAAGAAGCCACUGACUCAUCAUUCUGUGUUCAUUGUUAAGAGAUAAAGAUAUCUUCAAUAAACUAAUACAUAAAAAAAAAA